CCAAAAACUUGUCGUUUUUUAAGUGUAUUUUUCUUUAUUUUAUUUUUGCUUUUUUUUAUAAAAAAAUUUAUAUAUUUAAUCCCAUUAAGAAUUUAUAAAUUCCCUAAUUUCUUGUAAAAUAAAUAAGGAACUAACCAAUCCAUAAACAUAUGGAAACUCAAGAAGGUAGUGUUCAACCCUGUCCUGAAGGAGAAUGCCCUUACAAGAAAGAUGGUGGAACAUGUCCUUGCUCAAAAUGCGUAUGCCCCAAUGAUUGUUGCCAAUGUUGCGAUAUGGAUACAAAAUACGAAAAAUGUCAAAUAUGUUGGCACGAUGAAGCAUGUCACGGUUGCGAUAAGGGAUGCUGCCAUUGUUGCAGGAAAUGCUCGGAUGAAAAUGCUUGCCCUCCUGGUCAAGAAAGCUUGCAAUGUCCAGAAUGUGGAGUUUGUUGUAACAACGAAAAAAUGCAAAUGGAGAAUAAAUCUGAAAACGAGAAUUGAAAUGAGAGAGCUAAUUUAAAUUUGAUCCAAUAAAUUAUUUAUAUUUUAUAUAUAUAUAACAAACAAGAUUAUUUAUAUUAUGUGUAGGUUAAACUUUUUUUUUGUCAUUACGUUAUCCCCAAAUAUAAAUUCACAUUUAGAUGUUGAAUUUGUAAAUUUUUAAAGAGGUAUAUAUAUAUA